AUGGAGGCCGAUGCGCGCAGGAUCAAGGACGAGGACGAUGGCCACAAUGUCAGAACCACCAGCGAAAAGCCAUCAUAUCGGUCAUGGAAGAAGAAGUAUCGCAAGAUGCGCAUCGUUUUCGAUGACAAGAUGAAGGCCAACGAGGAUCUUCACAUGAUGGAGCAGAAGGCGCUGGCGACGGCCAAGAGGCUCGCGAUCCAAAACGAUCGGCUGCUCGAUACCCUUCUAGAUGUCAACAACUCGGCCCAGAUUCCGCCCGAGAAGCGAUUUGACCUUAGCGUGGACUCCCCAGUCGAUGACGACGCUCUCCGCCUUGACAUGGACAGACCAUCAACGCCAAACCGAUGCCCCAAACCCACCAAAUCCUUCCAGAAGCUCCUCCGCGAGGUCCCACACAUCCCUUACGCUGCCGCUGCAGAAAACUUCCCAGACCUCGUCUCCGAUCUCCAAGCAGGCCGAGAUUCCCCUGUCGACCCCCUCCAGGGCGCCCCCCAUCCCCCCUCCUUCCUCACCGCAGACGAUGUAGAUAACUACCUCUACGAGCUCGACCUCCGCCUCUUCGACGACACCGACCAGCUCCCCACCCUCGCUCCCCUAGCCCACCCCGAUGAGACGGCCGCUUCCCGCGAGAAGACCUCCCGCGACUACGCCCUUCGAAACCCCGUAUCCGUGCACAACUGGCUGCGUAAAAACGCGCCCAACACCUUCCUCCAAGACACAGAGCACCAUGCUGGCGCCGACAAGGACAGCACCAAGGACAAGGACGACCACUCCAGAAACGGCGCCGACGACUCCGUCAUUGCCGUCCCGAGCUCCGCCUCCUCUACCCGAGGCGGCCGCGGCGGAGGUCCAGGUUCGAGAGGCGGCCCCGGCUCCCGCGGUGGUAAAGUCCGGAACGACCCAGCCGCUCGCGCUAAGCGCCAGGCCCAAGCUGCGAGGAAGGCCGCGGCCGAGAAGCUCGCCGCUUACGAAUACGAGCACGGUGGUGGUGAAAUCUGGGGCCCGAAAGAGGCGUUGAAACGCUAUGAUGCCUUGCAGGCUAGUCUUGCUUCUGGCGGUGCGAAGGGUUCUGGGGGCGGUACCGCGAGCAAGAGCGACCCGGCAGCAGCUCGCACCAAGCGCCAGGGCGCGUCCGCCAGGAGGGCCACGGCGGAUAGGCUUGCUGCUAUCGAAGAUGAGCUCAGCGGUGAUGAUUUGGAGAUGAGCGAGGCGGCGAGCAUUCUUGCUUCGCCUACUCUUGCUUCCGGUGGUGGGAAGGGCACUGGCGGUGCUGCCGGCAAGAGGAAGAGGGUGGCGGAUGAUGAUCCGGGGUAUAGACCUAAGGGGGGGUCCAGCCGGCCGACCAAGAAGAAGCGUAAGAGCGAGGGCGGUGGGACAGAUGCCGGUGCGGCGACGCCCAGCGAGUCAACGAAGAGGUCAAGGAAGAGUGGUGGAUCGGGCGAUGGGGAGUCGGUGGUGUAUAGGAAAGAGGUUGAUGACUGA